CACAACAAGCAAUCUGUGAACAUCACACGCUUAAAGCAGAAAGACGACUUUACAGAAUGGCGAACUCAGACAGCAUUUUCUUCACUAGCGUCUCAAUCGCAACGUAAUCCCUAUGGGAUGGGCGAAUCCAUCAUGAACCGUACUUUUCACAGGUAGGUACGUUUGCCCGAGAGGGGCAGCAGGGAUAAACGUUGGCUUUUAAAUGUUGAGUUGUAGCUCAACGAUUAUCCCGGUUCAGUUGAAUCGUUUUUCGUGGAUCACGAGGGAAUACGUUGUCACUACUUUACCAUGUGAAUGUGGAUAUAGUUUUCCUCUCUAUUAAUGUCUAUUUUUAAAUCACUAUUUCUUAUCUUUGAAAAUGUUUACAAAUUUGUUCUUAUGUUGCAUUUCAUAAACGGAUCAUAUAUAAUUUUUAGAAAUGUAUAAAAUUACAUUGUGAAUGAAGAGAAAAGAGAUGAGAACUCUGGUGUUUUCAAGUCCAAAUAUGCUGUUUUGCAUUAAACUUCUAAUGUUCAUUAGUGGUGCCAUGUCUGCAUUUAUAGGUUCCCCAAUUUACAAACGAUUGGAUCUUGUUACAUUAAAACAAAUAUUUCACGCUGAUUCUUACGAACAAGUUCCAGAGUACGAAAUAGUGCAGAUUCGCACACUUUCGAAGCGAAGCAUCGAUGACGAUGAAGUGAAAGACGUUCACCUGUCUGCUUUCGGUAAACCCAUCCACCUCCACUUGAAACGAAACCGAGCAUUCAACAAAAGACUCAAAUAUUCAAAGAUGUACGUGGCGGAGAUGACGGACGAUGGCAUCGAGUAUUCGGACGUGAACGAUGAGAAGGAGGACAUAGGAGCCGCAUACCAAGACAUAGAUAAGAUGGCUGCGGUCAUCAUCACACGUGGACAAAAUGGACAAAUACAGAUGGAUGGCACAAUAGCAGAUGAACUCGGUGUGAAACCUGUACCCGCACACAUUUUGAUUCCUCAAAACGAUGAUAAUGUCAAAUUAUUCUAUCAAAACUUUGAAGCAAUGAGUACGAAUUCUACGACCUUUCCGGAAGAAUUCGCUGAAAGAAAAGAUCCCCAUUUCUUGUUCCGUUGCUCGAGGGGAAAUUCUUCAAAAAAAUCAAUUCUGUUGAGUGACUUCUAUGCCAAAAUCAAUAUAUCAAAUAUUGAUGGCCAUCGUUCUAAGAGAAAUCCCAUCCGUCAUGCAUUUCCAGAGGUUCUUCUUAUGGUUGACUACGACAACUUCGCCGUGCAUGAUUUCAGUGAGCUCAAAACCCGGAAGUACUUGGUAAGCUUUUUGAACGGGGUGGAUCUAAGAUUCAAGAUUCUAUCGAAUCCCAAAAUCAAGCUUUUCCUUUCUGGCAUCAUCGUAGCUAAGAGCCGUGAUGUAACAUCCUAUCUUGUAAACAAUCGCAUGUUACUGAAAUCUUUUGAGGGACGAGCAGCUCUCAACGAUAUGGCCAAGCAUAUGUUUUCUACUCGAAGACGACUGCCGUCACAUGAUAUGGCCCUCCUCCUCACCAAAUUAGACAUCUGUUCGAGAGACGAGAAGAGUGGGAAGUGCAACCCGGCGACAGGAGGAAUUGCUUAUAUUGGCGGUGCCUGUCACGUGGAUCAGGUGAAUCGAAGAACCGAAAAAGUUGCCAUUGUGGAAGAUAACGGAGGAUUUAGCGGCAUCUUGAAUACAGCGCAUGAAAUCGCUCACCUGUUAGGAGCCAAGCACGAUGGCUUUCCACCCAGUCCCUUUCUAGGUGGCCCAGGAUCCUCCGGAUGCACUUCUGAAGGAGGUUAUAUUAUGAGCCUCAAAAAAUCGGGAACUCGACGCUUCCACUGGUCCCAAUGCAGUAUCGAGCAAUUUCGGCAUUUUUUAAGUACGCCUAGAGCUUCUUGCUUAUUUAACUAUCCACAUGAAAAUCAUUCUGCAAGCAGUAAAUGGCCAGGACAAUUGCUGUCGUUAGACGAACAGUGCAAAAGAGAUGGUGGUACUAAAGCUUGCCAGAGUGACAGCCGAGUUUGUUUGCAACUUCAUUGCUACAGUGCUACUGGACACUGUUAUGCAGGACGGCCAGCUGCAGAAGGAUCGCCAUGCGGUCAAGACCGAGUUUGUCGGAAUGGAAAUUGUGUUGCCAGCAUCCUUCCUGGAUCUGCAAGAUUUAAAUUCUAGAACAGCUUGCAGAAACAAUAAUAGCAAAUUGAUGGGAGAACUCAUUUGUCCGCAGUGAUAUUCCUUCGCUUGUAACUUUUCCAACCAAGAACUGCUGCCAUUCACACAAACAAUUCUGAUAUUCUUACUUUAUUUCUUGAAGAUAUAUUUUUUGAAAGAGACAAAUUGAUAUUCUUGUUUCUUCUAACAAUCAUGAAAAUAGCUCUGAACAUGAAA